AUGACAUCCAUCGAGAGAUUAGACGCUCCCAGCUCGUACGUGGACAGACAGCUCAGGGUGCGUCCAGCUACGCACGAGGCAGAAGCAUUAAGAACAUCAUCAACACUAUACGUCGGAAACCUCUCCUUCUACACAACCGAAGAACAAAUCCACGAGCUCUUCUCCAAAUGUGGUGAGAUUAAACGUAUCAUUAUGGGCUUGGAUCGGUUUGCGCACACCCCAUGCGGAUUCUGCUUCGUCGAGUUUUACUCUAGAGCGGCUGCGUUGGAUUGUAUGAAGUUUGUCAAUGGGACUAAACUUGAUGAAAGAGUGAUUAGAACAGAUUUGGACCCGGGGUAUAAGGAUGGACGGCAAUAUGGGCGAGGAAAGACGGGUGGACAGGUGCGGGAUGAGUAUCGUUGGGAGUAUGAUGCAGGGCGAGGAGGAUAUGGUGCUAGA